AUGCCAAACGAUCCAAUCAUAGCUGAAAGUUUGCUGACGAGUGACAGUCAUUUCACGAGCCUUUGGGCUCAAAUACGGCAACGUCGAUCCGUCUUCUAUAAUCUGGCUGUUUCUUCCUAUUUUUCCUACAUUUCUCAACUCGGUGGAAAAGCGGUGAAAGCUAAUAAGGGCACGAUUGGCAGCGUUUCGGCAACAUUGCGCAUUCUCAAACUGCUAGCAAAGCACGCUGACUUUCUUCAUGAGGUGAUCGACCAGGGUCUACGAAUCACGAACGAACAUCUUUGGAAAGGUUUCUCUGCUCCACAUGCUGUGGUUUUCCAAGCAGUUGCAGGAGCCUCGUCUAGUAUGUUAGUAGCGAAUGACGAUGACGUGAUCGAGACAAUUGAGAAGGACGAUGAAGAGAGUAGCAAUAAGGAACGUUGCUUGAUGUUCGAAGGAUGUCGAGUGCUUGUGUCUGUACUUGAAGGUCAUUAUCCUGAUUUGGUCAAGGAUGUGAGAGAGUUUGUUAAUGAGCUUCAAAGAAUCAAUCUUCUCAACGAGGAGAGGUGA